CUCUAAAAAACGAUCUAGUCGUGGAAAUUCAAAAAGUCAAAGAAAAAAGCCUUACUUUAAGAAAAAACUUAAUAUCGCAACAAUUCAACCUGGAAUAUCUGGAAUUUUUGUUAGUUGUCCAAAAAAUAAGGAAGAUCAUUGCAUAAGAGAAUGCUAUGAUUUAUUUGACUUGUACGCAGACUUGAUUUACAAACAAGAUGAUUUGACCAAUGUUGUAGAUGAUAAUGAAACAAGCAAAUUAGUAGAUGAUGAUAUUGAAAGUUCUAUCGCUAAAGAACUCGCACAAAUGAAGCGACCACAUACAUCACGUAGAUUUGCAUCAAUUCAAACGGGGACAGAUUGUGUUACCUUUAUCAAAACAAAUCCUCCUGUAGAUCCAGUUCAACUAGUUCACUAUAUAUUGACCGAUUUAUAUAAUACUAAGCAAAAGAAAACCAGGUUUUGUAAACGGCUUAUCCCAAUCACACAGACUUGCUAUGCCAAUAUGAACGAUAUUAAGAAAUUAGCCGAAGUAGUAUUGUAUCCUCAUUUUCAUAAACAGGAACAAGAUCAGCAACCAAAAGUAAAGUACUCCAUAAUUCCAAAUCUCCGAAAUAAUAAUGAAAUAGACAGAAUGGAAUUAAUUAAACAGAUUGCAAGUGUUGUUGGUGAUUAUCAUGUUGUCAAACUUGAUAACCCAGAUUUGGUUGUCAUUGUUGAAAUUUUUAAGAGUGUAUGCGGAAUUAGCGUUCUUUCUGAUUACAAGAUGUUGAAGAAAUAUAAUGUUGAAAGCAUCUUUGAAGAACAAAAUAAAGAGAGAAAUGAAAAUCAUGUCCAAGAACAUCAAGACAAGGAUCAGCAAAUUGGUAACGAAGUGCGUCAGCUUGACGAUAAUAUACAAGAAGACAUGCAAGGGGAGCUAGAUGAAGGAAAUAAGUGA